GGAUGAUGUCACUCUGCAAUGUCUCCACAUGUAUAUAAGGGAUGCUGGACGGCAGCAACACAGGGCACUUUGGGCACAGAACACUUUGGGAGUUACAAUACUGGACAAGCACACCACAGACAAGCAUGGGGCUACUGCUGGUGGAAGAGCUGGUCACAGGGAAGAAAUGUGAGCACAAGGAGCUGGGUGAGCACCUGCAAGAGGGGUUUACAGGUGGAGAGUAUGAGAUGGCCAUCAUUCAGGAGAAACAAGAUGGCAUGAAACCUUGCAGAGGCCUGACCCCCCCAACCCACAGCCCCAUGAAGGAACCAAGUCAGAUAGUCCUAAAUACUGACAAAGCUGGCCGUCUGAAGCUGGACACUGUAGAAGACCUGCACAAUAUCCUGAAGCUUACGAGAAGGCGCCGAGCCAAGAGAGGGCCAGCUCUCAGGCCAGAGCCCCAGAUGGAGGUGCUGCCAGCCAAGGUGGAUGAAGCUGUGUUCCUGCAGGCAGCAGCCGAAAACAAACUGCCCGUAAUAGAGAAGUAUCUGGCUGAUGGUGGAGACCCCAAUGUGAGCGACCAUUUUAAACGGACUGCCCUGCACCGGGCCUGCUCAGGAGGGCAUGUAGAAGUUGUGAAGAGACUGCUGGAGGCUGGGGCUCUGACAGAGAACACAGACAGGCUGGACUCCGCUGCGGUUCACUGGGCCUGUCGGGGUGGGUCUCUGUCUGUGCUGGAGCUGCUGCUGAACAAUGGAGCAAACUUCAGAGCCAGGGACAAGCUACGCAGUACACCCCUCCACGUAGCAGUCCGAACCGGCCACUAUGAGUGUGCUGAGCAUCUCAUUCACUGUGGGGCAGACAUUAACGCCAAAGACCGAGAAGGAGACACGCCUCUGCAUGAUGCUGUGAGAAUAAACAGAUUCAAAAUGAUCAAACUUUUGCUUAUCCACGGAGCCAACCUAGAAGUCAAGAAUUGUGGUGGGAAGACCCCACUGGAGAGUGUUCUUAAGUGGCAGAAUGGAGCAAAAAACAUCCUACACAACUUCACAGAAGACUUGAGUCAUCUGCCCAAGUAAUGCCAUCUAGCCACAUCCAAACUACUUUGUGUGUGUGUGUGUGUGUGUGUGUGUGAGACCAUCUUUCAGCCCUCAGUCUGGCAGAUCAUGUGAUUGCAGGUCAAUGUAAACAUGAGCUGACAGGUGAUGGGCUAAUGCUAAUGCUGUUGCUCUGGAAGCAUAUUGUAGUACAGGUAUUUAUUAUAUCUAAUGUAUUUAUUAACAGCUACAAUACUAAGAUGCCAAAUGGAAAAGAAAGAAUAGAAAAGAAAUGAUCAUAUGUGCUUAAAAAGCCAUGUAAAGUUGGUUUUUGGAAAGUUUCCAGAAAGAGAAUGUUUCUGCAAGAUGUAGUGACAAGUCAUCUUUAUAAUUCUUUCUACAUCUUAGCAUGCAGGUCAUCUCCUUUUUUGUUAUGGACAUACACAACUGAGAUGUUGUAAAGAACUUUGAGACGGCUUGUCACCUUCACUUCUGAUAUACGUCUGUGAAUGCAGAGGAAGUGGAUUCCGAAAGUAACAGCUGGUAUAGUGAGUGUUUAAAAGAUAAUGAAGUGAGAGGAUAUGAAUGGUAAAGAGACUGAAAUGUAAAACUAACCAAGAGUAAUUUAUAUUUGAAGUAAAGUCUUAUUGUAUA